AUGGAUUAUCGGUGUAAUAAAGGGCAGGGGGGUCCUGAGGAGGACAAGACCGAAACGGCCCCAGACCCCCAGACCCCCAACGCGGAGCAGGGAAGGACACCCGUGGUAAGAGGGACAGGCGGGCCACCGGCACAGGUCCUCGCUGAAUGUGAGGGCUGGGGCCACCAUCCCAUGUCCCCUACCCACCUGGCUGCCAAGGACCCUGUUCGCCAGGGCCUGCCUUCCAUCCUCUACCGGGGUGCCGCUUCCUGCCAGUCUUUUUACCUGACCAGGGAAAGCCUCGCCUGGAAUAAACAGGAUGCCGAGAUGACCCUGCCUCCACAGGGCACCGGGCCCCACGGUCACCGCAGAGACAGGAGCCAGCCACAAGCAGAGGCCCAAGUCCAGGACCCUGGGAGGCACCGCUCCCUGAGGCUAGGACCGAGGACUGCCCAAAGGACCCACGUCUGCAGGAAGAGGGGCAAGUGGUCCAGGAUUGCAGGGGUCCAGCGGAGCCACACCCAGGUGCCGGGCUGGGCCCACAAAAGACCGAUGGGGAGCAGCCAAGAGGAGCAGCCCCUGCACCUGCCAAGCCAGUCGGGCCAAGACGCAGACCUCCUGGACGCUGCUGAUACCGCCAGGCCUCAGGCCUCUCUCCUGGAGAGGCACCUGCCGGAGGGGGAGAGGCAGCUGCACGGCAGUGGGCAAGGGCCCUACUUCUACAUCGGAGGCACCAACGGGGCCUCCAUAAUCAGCUCCUACUGCAAGGGCAAGGGCUGGCAGCGCAUUGAGGACAGCCGGCGGGAGGACUACAAGCUGAAGUGGUGCGAGGUCAAGUGCAGAGACAGCUACUACAGCUUCCGGGAAGGCGAACAGCUGCUCUACCAGCUCCCCAACAACAAGCUCCUCACCACCAAGAUUGGGCUGCUCAGUGCCCUGAGGGAGUACUCGAGGGUCGUGAGCAGGACCCACAAGACAUCACCGUGUGCCCAGGCCAAAUCCAGAAAGGACACCACCUCCGCCCUUGAGGAGCUCACGUGGACCAGCCCAGGAUGCUUUGGGCCACAGAGAGUCCUGAAAAUGGAAGAAUUUUUCCCAGAGACCUACCGUCUGGACAUCAGGGACGAGAGAGAGGCUUUCUUCACUCUCUUUGAUGAAAAUCAGACCUGGAUCUGCAAGCCCACGGCCUCCAACCAGGGCAAAGGCAUCUUCCUGCUCAGGAACCAGGAGGAAGUCGCCGCCCUGCAAGUCAAGACCCAGAGCAUCGAGGACGACCCCAUCUACCGCAAGAUGCCGUUCCGGGCGCCUCAGGCGCGGGUCGUGCAGAGGUACAUCCAGAACCCACUGCUACUGGAUGGGAAGAAGUUUGAUGUGCGUUCCUACCUGCUCAUCGCCUGUGCCAUUCCGUACAUGGUCUUCUUUGGUCACGGCUAUGCCCGCCUCACUCUCAGCCUUUAUGACCCCCAUUCCAGCGACCUCAGUGGCCACUUGACCAACCAGUUCAUGCAGAAGAAGAGCCCCCUGUACAUGCUGCUCAAGGAGGACACGGUAUGGAGCAUGGACCACCUCAACCGCUACAUCAACGACAAAUUCCGGAAGACCAAGGGACUCCCUAGGGACUGGGUCUUUACUACCUUUACGAAGCGGAUGCAGCAGAUCAUGGCUCACUGCUUCCAGGCUGUCAAGUCCAAGCUGCAAUGCAAGCUGGGCUACUUCGACCUCAUUGGCUGUGACUUCUUGAUCGACGAAAACUUCAAGGUGUGGCUGCUGGAGAUGAACUCCAACCCCGCCCUGCACACCAACUGUGAAGUCCUGAAGGAGGUGAUCCCGGGCGUGGUCACGGAAACCCUGGACCUGGCGCUCGAGACCUUCCAGAAGAGCCUGCGCGGCCAGAAGAUGCUGCCUCUGCUGUCCCAGCGCCACUUCGUGCUCCUGCACGACGGCGAGAGCCGGGAGCCCCGGGCCGAGCGGCCGCGAGAGGGAGCAGGGGGCCCGGCGCGGGAGCCGUCCCCGGGGCUGGCGGUGGAGGAGCGCAAGAGCGCGGGCCAUCGCGGCUCCUAG